GAGCCGACGAUCCUGGCUUCCGCCUUGCAAGCCACCGGUGCUCGGUGGUCGGCGCAGCAUGCUGAGGCAACUGCCUUGAGGCAUCGCUUGGAGGUCUUGGCGAGAAAUCUAGAUUCUGGUGAAGGUGAGGAAGUCGACAAAGACUGGGUUCAUCGCUUCGUAACCUCGCAUCAGCGGCUUGUAGAGCUUGGCUGCAGAUUAGAGGCGGGCUUUGUGGACAUCGACGCAGAGCUUCGGCGACUACAGGCUGUCCUUGGUCAUGCCCGAGUUCUUGGUGCACUCGCAGGGAGUGGGGAGAACGGCCCAGGUUCCCGGGCAGCACUGCCAAGUGGCGCGGCAGUCUUUCACUUCGGGCAAACGCCGGAGGACGAUGCCGAUGAGGGGCAUGAAGCUCAAGCUGCCAAG